UUGGCAACAGUAUAUAACUACUGCAAGGAAUAUUCGGUAAAUAUAGAAUGGAAGACUCGAAUGACAUACAGGGGCAUUUGAGUCAAAAUGCUCGUUGCUGGGAGCCAACCGUGAGACUAGAAUUCAACCCAAAUACAGGAAAGCUGGGCGUAUCGACUUCAAAAUGCAGAGAUUCGAAAGAUUUACCGAUUUGUAUGUUACCAUCAGGAAAGCUAGUAAGAGGACUUCAAAUGGCUGCUAAAGGGUUUUUUGGUGGUGAGUUUGUCGCAGGGACAGACAGGAUGGUGAUAACUCCUCGGUCUUCUGAUAAGAAUGAAGUUUCUGUCACAACCAUGCAUAUCUCUUGCAAAUGCGACACGUAUAAUGAUGGUCACAACUAUGGCGGAGUCAUUGUUUAUCAAUACAACGGCAAGUCAGAAUGGAGAACCGCCAACAACACUCACUGUAAGUCUGGUUAUAUCGUCAUUCAGGAUACCGACAGAGAAGACGUUAAGAAAUGGAAGAAUGAGCCUGGUCAAGUUCAUGGAGCUGUUUAUAGAAAUGCCUUCGGUGAAUCUGUAAAUGACGCGGAAGUCGUUGGCGAAGGGUUUGCAAUACGAAAUGAAACAUUUGAAAUGAAUUCGGGCGUUUUCAACAAUCCAAAGGACAGUCCAUUUCAUGAUCGUCGUAGAAGAAUGCAUGAGUUGUCUGAGUAUUGCGUCAGAAAAAUUGUGGAGUCAUGGGCGAAUGCUGGUCCUGGCUGGCUUGAGAAAGGAAGAAAUUUUGCAGUAGAAGCUCAAUUCAAAUCACAUAAAAGUCGCCGCACGGAUAAGCGUGUCGCCAGAGUUAAUUUUUUCGGGGCAAAGACCCUGGUCAAGGCUGGUCAUUAAGAAAGAGUCGGCAGGUUUACAGCACUGGUCCGAAGUUGAUAGUUAUAGUCUGUUUUUUCUGGUCGGAUUUGAAAGAACCAAUCAGUCGCCUACAACUCCAGGUUAGCCUGGUUAGGUGGGAAUAUGGUAAAGCUUUGAACAAAAAUUCCAUUCUGAUAAAGGUGGCAAGUACUUGUUAUUAGAGUGCUUCGUUUGAGUGGUUCUCGUUCAUUGCGCCAUGGCGCAAACGUUUGAAAUCAUCCGAGCUGAUGUAGUGACGUGUUCGCUCUGAUCGGUGUCAGGUUUUUUUGUUGAUUGUACAUGGGAAUUGUCAUAUUCCAGCCAUAAGCCACUAUGCGACUAA